AUGGAGUUCAAUCAACCAUCAAUAUCAACUCCAUCUGGACUGAAUUCACAACCAUAUACACCAAUAGAUCAAACUUUGAAAACACCGUUGGAAGCUCCUGGUGAGUACCCAUUCAACCCACCUCCUUUACAUCAUCAAAAUUCAUUCAAUAGCCAAAACACUAUACAACAACACCAACAACCAUAUGGCCACAAUAAUUCAUUUUAUCAGAACCCACAAUAUGCUGAAUCCGACGAUAUAUUGACAGAUAUCGAUGAGCCAGAGAGCAACAACUCCAACAACUCCAACAACUCCAAUAACUCCAACAACGGUGGUGCUAGCUCCAACAACGCGUCCCUCAAAAGACCACAGUACCCGAUGUCAAAUGGUAUGAAGAACACGUCAAUUUCAAAUUUGUCAUUAAAUGAAAUGAAUUUGAUGAAUUACAAUGCCCAACAGCAAGCGCAACAGCAGCCACAACAACAACAACCAAGCAGCGCGUCAAUCAGACUGCGUUCAUCACUGUUGAAUCUUCGUAAACAAUCAUUAACAAGAAACAACUCAAACAACUGGCUUCACGUUGGUAAUAUCCACAGUCUUCGUCCCAGAAAUAGCAAUGCUAGUACUGAUUCGUUGGAUUGUGUACCAAUACAAGCCAACUUGUUCAAUGGUGGACCUGGCUCUAGUGCUAGUAAUACACCACCUCAUUCCGCUGGUAUUCAAUCGCAAUCACAAUCAAACUAUUUCCCACAACAACAGCCAUUAUCAGCUGCUGGAAGUAAUAUACAGUCUCAAACAGCAUACUUCCCACCACCACCACCACUGGCAAGUUCACAAUUGCAGGAUUAUAGAGAUGUUUCAUCUUCAGCUCCAUUCCAACUCCCACUGGCACCCCCACCUUUUUUACAAAGAAGUAGAUCGAGUACAUCGGGAAGUAUGGGUGGACCAUCUGUUCCCUACCAUUUGAAUACUGAAUCAGCAAAUGCCCAAGCUUUGAAUAAUUUGAAUGGACGGUCCAGCUUUAAUGCAGAUGCAAAUGCAGCUGGAUUUGCGUUGGAUUCACCAUUUGAACCACAUCCACACCCACUUUCAGCACAACAACUGCUGCAACAAUGGGGCUCACAACCAUGUGCACAACAAUAUGCACAACAACAGCAGUACUCACAACAACGCACACUGCUGUUACUGCUGCAGCUGCUGCAACUGCUGCUCCAAGAUGAUACAGUUAUGGAUGAAGCACGAUUCAAUAGCAAUUUCAAUACUAAUUACGUCUCACUUGGUGAAAAGAAACGUGAUUCUUUGAAGUUGAAAAGAGGUAUGCAUUGA